UUUCUUUAUCUUCUUAUCACUUUAUCUUUUUGUUUCUGCUUCUGCUAUCAUAGCUGUUUCCUUCUUACCAUUCCCUUUACCAUAUUGUUCACUCUUAGGUUAUGAGCUGCGGAAAUGGGAUUCGCGUAUAUGAGCGACUCAAACUGGAAGGAUUCGAUUGAGAAACAAGAUUGAACUCUUUUUGUAAUCCAUGGAGAAUUCCUGUAAUGGAAACGGGUUAUCGGACAAUGGCCAUACAGUUAUGCGACACUCUUUGCAAUCGAGUAUUAAUGGGUCGUUAUCUUGGCUCGACUUAAGAGUGUUUUAUGUUCGUGUUAGCAAAUGUGAGAUCGAUGAUUCAACUCCCGAAUACCUUACUGUAAAUCACAUCCCUUUACAUCCUGAUAUACUUCUUGAAGUGAAUGGUGUUAGAACUUCUGCUUACUCCGAUGGGCCAUCCAUCCUUCUUCGGAGGGAUAGGUUCGACAAGAAAUCUGAAGAAGCUACAUUUGUUAGCACUGACAGCGUAAGGGUUACGGGAAGCCUGAAGUUCGAGGUUUUUGAUAAAGAAACUCUCUUGCUGUCUGGGAUUCUUGAACCGUGUUAUAACAAUGGCGGUACGGGAGAAUCAAGAGGGCAUGGUCAGAAAUGGAGCAUGAAUUGUGAAUCAGAUAUAGCUGUUGGCACUAGCUUCGUGAAGGCGAAACAGCAUAGCAGUCCGGACUCAGCUUUACCGACGAUUGAGGUCUACGUUGCUGGAUCCUUCUGUGGAACUCCAAUUAUUUUGACUAAGACUUUGCAGCUUAGUUUCCGUAAGAGGCAAAUUAGAAAAGGCGGGUUGGAUUCUAUACCAGAAUACGAGGCGACUGAGACCCCGGACUAUGCUCGAUCUGGGAUUCCUUCACAGUAUUCAGAAGAAUACCCGAAUUUCAAACCAGAAAAUGAAGAUUACAGUUACCAUUUCUCAGAAAGAGACUAUUUUGAAGGUGAAGAUGGGGAACUCUCGUGGUUUAAUGCCGGUGUCCGGGUAGGAGUUGGCAUUGGUUUGAGCGUUUGUGUCGGAAUUGGGAUUGGCGUAGGCUUGCUGGUGCAAACCUAUCAAGGCACCAAGCGGAACUUUAGAAGACGGUUACUGUGACUAAGAUAACAAGUUGAGAGUACUUCAAUAACAAAUUUUAUAGCUUGUAAUUCUUCUCACUCAAAAUUCUAAUGUAGCUGACUCUGUUUCUGACAAAUAAACACAUAAUUGCAACAGGGACAGUGUAUAUCUUAGCUGUUGCUCAUUCAACUUUUUACCUGAAUUCGAAAUAAAAAGGGUAUUUUCCGUUCAUUUUCAGUGCAUCA